AUGUGGAAAUAUUUAACAGUGCAAAAGCAUUUCGGUGAGGUCUACGAUGAGAUAUAUCUAUCAUAUCCAAAAGCAAACUACGUGGGCUUCUUCAAAAUGAACCAACCUGCUGUGCUUAUUAGAGAUCUAGAUAUAGUCAAGAGUGUCCUUGCAAGUGACUUCUCAUCAUUCCACGCAAACGACUUUAUUGUAGACCCCAAGCUAGAUCCCUUAGUCGUCAAUAAUCCCUUCGUUGCAACUGGAGAUCGCUGGAAAAUGAUUCGGCAUCAAGUUUCGCCGCUUUUUACUUACCCCAAAAUUAAGGCUUGCUUCCCCAUAAUAGACGUUGUUAGACAAUCCUUGAUAAAGUACAUCGAAAGUGGGCCAGAAGCGAAAAAUCCUCAAGGGAUUGAAACGAAAGCUCUCGGCGAGAGGUUUACAACGGACGUCGUAGCUUCGUGUGCUUUUGGGGUCGAAGGUGAAGGUUUUACAAACCCAAACUCAGAUUUUAGACGCAUGGCUACGAGUAUUUUUGCACCAAGUUCAGGGAGUAUGAUUAAAGCUCUCGUAUCGAUAUUUCUCCCUCAAUUAACUUCACUUUCCGGUGUGAGUUUCAUCCCGAAAGAGGUGGAUAAUUGGUUGAGAUCAGUCAUAAAUCAGAUUAUAAAGAGGAGGGAGGAUACAGGAGAGAAUCGAAAGGAUUUCUUGCAGACUUUUAUUGAGUUACGCAAGAAGGAUACACAAAAUAUCAUGGAUGAAGACAUGAUCGUUGGGCAAGCUUUGACUUUCAUUACGGAUGGAAUAGAGAGUUCGAGUACCCUUAUUGCCUUUUCCCUGUACGAAAUAGCCAAAAAUCCUGACAUCAUGAAACGAGCUCAGGAGGAAAUCGAUGCUGUUUAUGAACGUCAUGGUGGUCAGAUGACGGAAGAAGGGAUCUUGGAACUAGAAUACUUGGAACAGAUCCUCUUUGAGACGCUACGCCUACAUUCAGUAGUUUUCACAUUAUCCAAAGUAGCCACAAAGGACUUUACUUUCCCACCACAAUUUCCCGAUUCCAACAAACAACUCACAAUCCGCAAGGGUACACGAGUCAUCAUCCCCGUAAGCUCCAUCCACUACAAUCCAGUUCAUUUCCCGCAGCCCUAUGUCUUUGAUCCUAGUCGAUUUUCUGAGGUGCAGAAAAGGGAGCGUCAUCGCUAUGCUUUUCUUGGCUUCGGUGAAGGCCCACGCAUUUGCCUGGGGCAGAAAUUUGGCAUUUUCCAAGUGAAAGCUGCCCUUUCUGCCAUUCUGCACCACUUUGACGUCACCCUCUCCACAAAGACCAUCAUCCCGCCACCAGUGUCCAAGAAAACUUUCCUCCUUGCGUGCGAGGAGGGAAUUUGGGUGAAAUUCCAGAAGAGAAAUGCCUGA